AUGCGAUCGCCCUCUCACGGAAGCCUCCUCACGAUGAAGCGCUCGCUGCCGUACGGAGGCCGGAGGAGCGGCAGGAACCCCGUCUUCGUCUUCGUCUUCCUCUUCUCGGUCUUGCUUUUCGUCAUGCUCAAGUACAACGAACACGUUAAGUCGAUGGCCGAGUACUCCCUCGGCAGUGCUACGGCCAAGUCUCAAAGAUUAGCCCGGCAAAGGCUCCAUGUGGUUCAACUAAGUCGCAUGGAUGGUGCAGAAGAAGAGCAAACCGUGUCGGAUAGGACGACGAGUGACUCAGCUGCCAAAGAGCGGCCGCAAGCCGUGCAGGCGCCGUCCGUCAGGAAUCCGGUGCAGGAGCCGGAGCAGGCGAAGCCGCAGCGCGCAGUCCUCGACGUGCCGGAGAGCUGCAACCUCUUCGACGGCCGGUGGGUCUACGACGACGUCUCGUAUCCCAUAUACAAAGAACACGAGUGCGCGUACCUGACGGAGCAGGUGACGUGCAUGAGGAACGGCCGCCGCGACGGCCGCUACCAGAAGUGGCGGUGGCAGCCCCGCGACUGCAACUUGCCGAGAUUUGAUGCGAAGGUGAUGCUGGAGAGGCUCAGAGGGAAGCGCCUCAUGUUCGUGGGGGACUCGCUCAACAGGAACCAGUGGGAGUCGAUGGUUUGCCUGGUCCAAUCUGCCAUCCCAUGGGGCAAGAAGACUCUCACCACGAACGCCUCCCUCAACGUCUUCCGAGCUGAGGAGUACGAUGCCACAGUGGAGUUCUACUGGGCGCCGUUCCUGGUGGAAUCCAACUCCGACGACCCCAAGGUCCACAGCAUCAGGAACCGCGUCAUCACCAACUCGAUCGCCAAGCACGGCAAGCACUGGAAGGGAGUGGAUUACUUGAUCUUUAACACCUACAUCUGGUGGAUGAACACGCCCGAGAUGAGAGUCCUGCGAGGAACGGAGUACAGCAAGGUCGAUCGGCCUGUAGCCUACAGGAGAGUGCUGAAGACGUGGGCGAAGUGGGUGCGCAGGAACGUGGAUCCCGAGAAGACGAUGGUGUUCUUCAUGAGCGCGUCCCCCAAUCACAUGAGGAGUCAGGACUGGGGCAACCCGGACGGGGUCAAGUGCGCGAUGGAGACGAUGCCGGUGACGAACACGUCGCGGCGGCUGGCGAUCGGCACGGACUGGCGGUUGUUCGCGGAGGAGGAGAGCGUGGUCCGGUCGAUGCGGCUGCCGGUGUCGUUCGUCAGGAUCACGGCGAUGUCGGAGCUCCGGAAGGACGCGCACACGGCGGUGCACACGCUCCGGCAGGGGAAGCUGCUGACGGCGGAGCAGCAGGCCGACCCCGCCACCUACGCCGACUGCAUCCACUGGUGUCUCCCCGGCCUUCCGGACACCUGGAACGAGUUCCUGUUCGCCCGCAUCGCUUCACGGCCAUGGCGCACCUAAACACGCAAAACUUGUAAUAAUCAUUAUUACAUCAUUACACAUAAAUAUUCAAUUAAAAUAAAUGAAAAAGAUCUUUGGAAA